UUAUUCAAUAAAACCCAUACAAACCACACGAAAACCCCUCUCUCUCUCUCUUACUCUCUUUCUCUCUCCUCAACUCAGCCAUGGCUCUUCUCUGCAGAGCUCCAGCUCCAUCAUCCACACUACUGCCACCAACUCCAACCAUUACUACUAAGAAUAAGUCCACAUUAUUAUUCUCCAUUGGAAUUUCUCAUCCGCCAUUGGAGAAAUGUUCGUCGCUUGUCAUGAUCGGAGCAAUUGGUCGCCGGAGCAAGCUGAUUCAGACUCGUCGGUUCGCUCUAUUGGACGAGCAAGAUCAGGUUUCCUUUACUCAAGAAGAGAAUUCGCUCAUUGAAGCCCUCGUCGGAACCCAAGGCCGAGGCCGAUCCGCUUCUCCUCAACAACUCACUGAUGUGGAGCGAGCAGUACAGGUUUUAGAAGGUCUAAAAGGUGUGCCUGAUCCGACAAGUUCUAGUUUGAUUGAAGGACGAUGGCAAUUGAUGUUCACCACAAGACCUGGAACUGCCUCACCAAUCCAAAGAACAUUUGUUGGGGUCGAUUUCUUUAGCGUAAUUCAAGAGGUGUACCUUCGAUCAAAUGACCCUCGUGUGUCCAACAUUGUGAAGUUCUCUGAUUUCAUUGGUGAGCUCAAAGUAGAGGCAAUAGCUUCUAUCGAAGAUGGAAAACGAAUACUUUUUCAGUUUGACAGAGCAGCAUUUUCUUUUAAGUUUUUGCCAUUCAAAGUUCCUUAUCCAGUCCCAUUUAGACUUCUAGGAGAUGAAGCAAAGGGAUGGUUAGAUACCACAUAUCUCUCUCCUUCUGGGAAUCUCCGUAUCUCAAGAGGAAACAAGGGAACCACGUUUGUGUUACAAAAGAAAACAGAAAUCAGGCAAAAGUUGCUCUCUGCCAUAUCUACAGAUAAGGGAGUUUUAGAGGCAAUAGAUGAGCUUAUCUCCACAUAUAAGAAAAAUGGUAGUGGUGAAAUAGAGCUUCAAGAGGGAGAAUGGCAAAUGAUAUGGAGUUCACAGACAGAGACUGACAGUUGGUUAGAGAAUGCCGCCAAUGGUCUAAUGGGAAAGCAGAUUGUUAAGAACAACGGUCAAAUAAAGUAUUUGGUUGACAUCUUGCUAGGACUCAAAUUUUCCGUGGUUGGCACCAUUGUGAAGUCUUGCACAAACACAUUCGACAUUAAUUUAGAUGAUGCAGCCAUAGUGGCCGGUGGCUUUGGGUAUCCCUUAGAGCUUGGAAGCAAGUUUGUCCUUGAGCUACUAUAUAGCGAUGACAAGAUCAGAAUCACUCGAGGAUACAACAAAAUCAUUUUCGUUCAUUUACGCACAUGAUGGGAACAAACCAAAAAUGACCAGGUAAAAUUACAUUAUAAAAGGAAGUUUCAUGCCCAAGCUAAGCAUGAUAUUAUUUGGUACAUGUAUCAUAAACUGACCCCAUUCUCAUUCCAAGGAUGACAUUGAGAAAGUAGUCACAUUUCAGAGCACAAUACCAAUCCCUUUUUUCUGUGUU